GGCAUGUGAGCGGCUGGGCCAGGAGCAAAGUACUGCGGAAGCUGCGGGCUGAUCGAGCCGCAUGCAGGGCGGCUACAAGUUCGCUUGAAGGCAGCACUCUGGGCAGAAGCCGAGCACUCAUCCAGUUUGACAAGAAGAAGGGGAGGGGGGAACCAGGAGGAAACGAGGGCAGGGCACCCAGUUCCAGCUGCCUCUCCUUUUCCCUCCUUGCAAGGGAUUUGCGGCCGCAACAUGACUCUGGAAGAGCUCGCUGGAGAUCAUCAGACGUUGGGAAGCAUGGACAAGGUAGGGAAUGCCUUGGAGGAAGUCCUAAGCAAAGCCCUGAGCCAAAGAAGCAUCACUAUUGGAGUAUAUGAGGCUGCCAAACUGCUCAACGUGGAUCCAGAUAAUGUAGUGCUUUGUCUGCUAGCUGCAGAUGAGGAAGACAAUCAGGAUGUUGCUCUACAAAUUCACUUCACCCUGAUCCAAGCAUUUUGCUGUGAGAAUGACAUUAACAUACUCAGAGUGAGCAAUCCAAGCCGGCUAGCCGAUCUGCUGCUCUUAGGAGCAACUGGGGGAGGCGAACAGCCUGCAGAUCUGCACUGCAUACUUGUGACGAAUCCACAUGCCUCUCAAUGGAAGGAUCCAGCCUUGAGUCAGCUGAUCUGUUUUUGCCGGGAGAGCCGUUAUAUGGAUCAGUGGGUCCCAGUGAUCAACCUUCCUGAACGGUGACAGUUUACGGACUAAAUUAAACUGGAUUUUUAAAAAAUUUGCACUGAAGUUUUAAAAUACUUUAGAAGUUUGCUCAGGAAGUAAUUUCUCAGCAUAACACAAGGAUUACAGUAACUGAUGUCAAGUGGGGAGGUUGAGGUUGAGCUGUACAUUGUGUGAAACCGAAGGAUGUUUGACUGCGCUGUUGGGAAAAGACUGAAAGCAGAAGCUGUGUUGAAGGAGCAAUAGGAAGUCCUUGGAGGAAGUCAGGCCUCUUUGAGAAGGUUCUGAAAGCAGGGUGGCAAAAUUCCUGUGAGAACACACCAAAAGCGCUUGGUUGGAGUUGAAAAAGAACAACUUUUUGUUUCCAUUUUUAAGUAUCUUUCACUUGUAUGAGCUAAAAUGGUUAAUUUUUAAAACCAUUCUAUUUUGUUUCAACCAGCUGAUUUCUUAAGUUUUUAUUCUAAGAAACAUUAAGUUAUUUAAUGAUAUUGAUGAAAGAUUUAUUUAUGCUAGGGAUUUUCAAGAGCAUUCUGCUCA